AUGUCUGGCAAGAAAGCUUUCAUCCUUGGGUACACCGGUGAGGUCGGCAAGGAAUUAGUAAAAGCUGUUUUUCAAGACAAGAAUUUCCAACAAAUUACACUCAUUGGACGAAGAAUGAUCAAUUAUGAAAAUGACUUGAAAUCACUUGAACAAAAAGCAAUUGAUUUUGAUCAAAUUGAAAACUAUUCAGAUGUUUUCAGAGGUUUUGAUGUUGGGUUCUGCUGUUUAGGAACAACAAGAGCACAAGCAGGCGCUGAAGGUUUCUACAAAGUUGAUCAUGAUUAUGUUGUUAAAUCAGCUAAGUUAGCAAAAGACGGCGGUUGUGAGGAGUUCCAUCUUGUAUCAUCAGGAGGGGCAAAUAAGGACAGUUUUUUCUUGUACCCUAAGACUAAGGGCCAGACUGAGGACGAUGUUACAAAAAUUGGAUUCAAGUACCUCUACAUUUACAGACCUUCAGUUUUGUUGUGUGAUAGAGAAGAAAGUCGUUUAGCUGAAAAAACAUUCAAGACAUUGAUCAAACCAGUAACAUGGGCCUUUCCAACAUUCAUCAGCAUACCCACCAGCACGGUUGCAUUGGGCAUUGUGAUCAAAGCAACACAACCAAAACCAAAUGCACUAGAUAUCAGUGGAGAGAAGAAUCACGUUGAAAUCAUUGACAAUAAAGAAUUGCACAUCCUGGGCUCAAAGCAAAUGAAUUAA